AGCUGGCUGCAGAACACACCACUUGUCAAGUUGCUAUUAUUACUCCACCAACACGAUGAACUUCAAGACCUGGUUCGCCUUCGUCUUCGCUGCUGUCGUCGCCACCGUCGCAACGGCUGAGGAGUCCUCCCUCAGUGGGGACCCACAGUACUGCCAGGGAGAUGGUUGCCCGCCUCUCUACUGCGAAGCGAACAUUCAGAUAAGUCAGGCCUGCCGUAACGACAUUGCUGUGAAGGGCGGUACAUUUGAGGCUUGCUGCAAGACGAAGUGUGGCGCCUCGGCCUAGAUUGCAGCCUUCGAUCCACGGAUGAUUUCGCCAUCAAUCGAUAGUAUCAGACUAUAGAUGAGCUCAAUCGAAGGUACUCGUUUUAUUUGUUAUGUCAAGCU